AUGAUCUGCUCGAGCUGCCGUCGUGCGUUUCUCCCCCGCAUUCGCUCUUUCAGUCCCAACUGCAAUGUACCAAUAUCCUCCACCACCACCUUGCGCUACGCAUCGACAGUCCCUGCGACUCCCAGUGCCGCCCCAGUUCCAGCUCCUGCGGCUAUCUCUAUAAGCGAACCUAAUCCGACCCAGUCGUCAAACUCGUCGGGAAUCUCCCAACCUCUUUCCGAACCACACACUCCCUCGACCUCGAUCGCGAAGACGACUGGACCAACCUCGACCAAGGACUCGAAAGGGUCCUCGAGGCCAAAAAGCUCGGUACCGGGAGGCAAGGAGCUUCGGGGUCUCGGCUACACAAAAGCGAAGCCAAAAGUCCUGGCAUUGGAGGACGAUGAGUAUCCCGAGUGGCUGUGGGGUUUGUUGGAUCAGACUAGACUUGGAAACGAUGGAGAAAAGGUCGAUUUAUCAGCAAUGACCAAAAAGCAACGCAUCCGGUACGAAAAGAAACAGGAACGUCUCCUGAAAGACCUACCCAAAGAAAUCCCUGUCCAUGAACAAAGCAAAGAUCUGACGGGCCCUGGCGACGACGCUCUGACGAGUUUACAACGUCGGCAAGAGAUUACUAAGAACGCGAGGGCAGCGAGACGGAGGAGUAUUAGAGAGAACAAUUUCUUGAAGUCAAUGUAG